AUGAGACUUAAUUAUAUUAGAGAUGGAAAAUACCAACGUAGCUCUAUUGCUUUGCUUCAUUCUUUUGGCUAUUGCUUUGCAAAUAGCUCAAGGAGUUGUCUUAGGACCCAAAGCUGUGGAACAAUGGUUCCAGAAGCUUCCUAACACGAACCAAAAUGUGACCAAGUUUCAUUUCUAUUUCCACGAUACUUUUAGUGGGAAAAAUCCUACUGCAAUUGAAAUAGCCCAGUCCAAUAUGACUGCUACAUCCCCAACUUUCUUUGGGUUUGUUGCAAUGAUAGAUGACCCACUAACAGUUGGGCCAGAGCCCAAUUCAACAAUAGUGGGUCGAGCCCAAGGGAUUUUUGGUUCAGCUGAUCAAAAUGAGGCGGGCCUUCUCAUGACUCUCAACUUUGUGUUCACGACUGGGAAGUAUAAUGGUAGCACACUAAGUGUUCUUGGAAGGAAUCCACCCUUACAAAAGUACCGUGAGAUGCCGAUCGUUGGUGGUUCUGGAAUUUUCCGAUUGGCUCAGGGAAUCGCCACCGCGAAGACAUAUUGGUUUAAUACAACCAGUAGGGAUGCUAUUGUUGAGUAUAAUGUUAUAGUCCUGCAUUACUAAUCUUUGAUGCUUUGAUGAUUGAUUUUAUCAUUGUUAAGAGGCCUUGAAUCAUCCUAUUUAAUGUCUCUUUUUGUUGCUUACUUUAAACAGACUCUCUACCCCGUAAAGGUAGGGUUAAAUUUUGCGUACACCCACUCUUUUCAAAUCCCAUUUGUAGGAAUAUACUGGAUAUGUUGUUGUAUGUAAAGGAUAUUGCUUUCUUUGUUGCCCCCUGUAGUCCUGCCCUUAGUGGAUUCCCAUUUGCAAUUUCUUGUUUCAUUAUUAGUAGAACUUUUUUAGUUUCUUUAUUUUAUGUCAUAAGAAACAGUUAUGUAUGUGUAUCGAUAAGUGAAAUAAUAUAGCAACU